AACUUCUCAUUUUUUGAGCCGACGUUUAACGAGCUGUCAUGGGCGCCUCUGAUAUCAGAGUCGCAUCCUCGGGGACUUAUUUUUGGCGGAACUGAAAAUGGCACCGUUGUUUUUCUAGAUGCUCAGAAAUUAGUGAAUGAUUCAUCGCUGUCUGUUGUAUCCUCUCGUCGUGACCAUCAAGGCCACGUACUGUCAGUAGACUAUUCGUCUGAUUACCGAUGGGCAAUGUCAGCUGGUAGUGCUCAGUUAUUGCUAUGGGAUCUGACGAAUCUCGCAACCCCUUUCUCACCUGGUACUCCGAAUUUUGCUGAGCAGGUAACGCACAAUUAUGUUUCAAUACCUUUAAUUCUUAUUUUAUGCUCACAAUAUGCCUGUUCUGCUUUUUGUUACUUUUUCAUUCAUCUAUUUGUUGGGGCACUUGGUGUUUUUGGAGCAUACGAAGUCCACGUGCGAGAGCCUGAGUCUCUGCUUUCAAUAAGGGUUCAAGCUCGGUCCCGUUUACCUUUACAGGAUUGGCAUUUGACUGAAACUAUUCGCGAAGUGUUUUUGUGUUUGAGUUUCAUCGAAAAGUGUUUGGACGAGUACUUUUUGAGCUCUAGAAUGAUAUUUUUCGAUGGCUUUUUGCAAAUUUUUCGGACAUUUCCUGGCAAAAAUUACGCAUGA